AGCACAAUGGAAAAUCUUAAUUACUGCCUAGGCUAUUAACGGACAACUAUACGUUCCUUUCGACAUCAUGGGGCAUAGAGCAUGCUGAAGUAAAGUAUCUCCUCCAAGAAGUUUAUCCCAAAACACUGUUUUUCAACUUUAUACAAUGGAUUCCGAAACAAACAACGUAACCGAAACAACUCCUGCGAUGGACACUGAAAAGAACCCCGACUCAUUCGAACAGGUUAAAUCGAAAAAGUCCUCUCAAAAGCGUAAACGUGACAUGGGGACUAUGGAAAUGGAAUCAGAGGACACGAUAGCAACGAAAAGACCCCAGUUUCCACCCAUUUCGGCAGAUAAACUGACGGGUGGUGCAGAUGAGAUGAGGAAAGUGCCAGUACCAGCUCACCGCUAUACUCCAUUGAAGGAGAACUGGAUGAAGAUCUAUUCACCAAUUGUUGAAAACUUACAACUGCAAGUCAGAUUCAACCUCAAAACAAGAAAUGUUGAGAUAAAGACCUGCAAAGAAACUCAGGAUAUUGGUGCAAUCACAAAAGCAGCUGAUUUUGUGAGAGCGUUUGUGUUGGGAUUCCAAGUCGAGGAUGCCUUAGCUCUCAUCAGGCUGGACGAGCUUUUCCUGGAGACCUUCGAUGUCACAGACGUGAAGCCUUUAAAAGGAGACCACUUAUCGAGAGCUAUUGGAAGAAUAGCAGGAAAGGGAGGAAAAACGAAAUUUACAAUUGAGAAUGUUACAAAAACGAGGAUUGUGCUAGCAGACACGAAGGUACACAUACUUGGAUCUUUCCAAAACAUUAAAAUGGCACGGACGGCCAUAUGCAACCUCAUUCUCGGGAGUCCACCAUCAAAGGUGUACGGGAAUAUCCGAGCCGUCGCAAGCAGAUCAGCGGAGAGAUUUUAAGAAGGGGACGUUUCAUCACUUUCCCUGUCAAAUAUACUGUGCUGUAGGCUGGUGGCAGAAUACUCCUCAUCAAAAAAGAUGGACUCUUUGUUUGUGCUUUGUGGACGACGUGCAGCCGUAAGAAGAGGAUUUCGAAUGAACUACGGACAUUUUUGUAACAUAUUCCCAAAUGGAUUAUGAAAUGCAAACAAAAACAGUAUGUAUUAUUGAAAAAUAAAAUGUUCCCAGUGGAAGAAAAAAGCAGAGGUCGUCUGUUAAACAGA